AAGACGCCGCGGAGGAGCAGCGGGAGGACGAGGAAGAGGAGAAGCCAAGACCCAAACUCACUGCUCCUAAGAUCCCGGAAGGGGAGAAAGUAGACUUCGAUGACAUCCAGAAGAAGCGGCAGAACAAAGACCUCAUGGAGCUGCAGGCCCUCAUCGACAGCCACUUUGAGGCACGCAAGAAGGAGGAAGAAGAGCUGAUCGCGCUCAAGGAGAGAAUCGAGAAGCGCCGUGCGGAGAGAGCCGAACAGCAGAGGAUCCGCGCCGAGAAGGAGAGGGAGCGCCAGAACAGGCUGGCGGAGGAGAAAGCCCGCAGGGAGGAGGAGGACGCCAAGCGGAGAGCCGAGGACGACCUGAAGAAGAAGAAGGCUCUGUCCUCCAUGGGCGCCAACUACAGCAGCUAUCUGGCCAAGGCUGACCAGAAGAGAGGCAAGAAGCAGACGGCCCGGGAGAUGAAGAAGAAGGUGCUGGCUGAGAGACGCAAGCCGCUCAACAUCGACCACCUCAGCGAGGACAAGCUGAGGGACAAGGCCAAGGAGCUGUGGGACACCCUGUACCAGCUGGAGACCGACAAGUAUGACUUUGCGGAGAAGCUGAAGCGCCAGAAAUACGACAUCACCAACCUCAGGAGCCGCAUCGACCAGGCCCAGAAGCACAGCAAGAAGGCCGGGGCCACGGCCAAGGGCAAGGUCGGCGGGCGCUGGAAGUAGAGCAGCCAGAGAGGCCCCCCGAGGCAGAGACCACACGCCAGGGCGGCCCCCGUGGUGGCGUCUGGCCCCCAGGCCUGGGGGCGGGGGGCUGGCUCCCGAGCACCUCCCAAGUCCCUGUCCUCGCGGCCCUCCUCCCCUGGGGUCUGUGAAUAAAGCUGUCAGACUCCCCUCCA